AUGGACGCAAUCAACAUCAUCAUCCAUAUACGUACCUUCGCCGAAUUCGUCACGGACAAAGUCCAAAGCAUGGCUGAGUUCAACAAGUCGUAUGCUGAAAUCGCUCAGAAGUUCCAGCAAGAUCUUCUUUUCCUCCAUUCGUUCGAAGCACUCUUUGUCGAAGAUGACGGCAACUUUAUCCGCAACGAAAACAUUUCCGAGCACAUCGUCGUCUCCCAGGGCAACCUUUCGUCCAUGGGUCGCCUGUUCUCCGAAUACAAGUCGAUAGCUGAAGAGUAUCAGGAGUCUGAAUCAGCCGACGAAGCUGGUAGCCUGUGCCAGCGAGCGAAGCGAAGGGUCAGCUGGGCCAUCUGCGGCAAGAGGAAGACAAUGGAUGUCCUUAAGCAGUACAGCGCGUACACCCAGAACCUUCAUGAGACGACAACUCAUGCUGUUGACACUAGCUGCUCUCGACGACGGGUGCCUACGAGAGGUUGCGAACCGCAAGCAGGCGAGAGCACUAUUUGCCUCCAUACCCAUGCUGCCAGACGAGUUCACGGCUCUCGGAGGAAGACUGCAGAUUGA